GAAGGAGUUGGUCCAUCAUACAGCCAAAAAUUUUCAUUAAAAAUUUGCAAACUUUUUUAACCAAGUUUAAUAUUAAUCAAAAUGGCCAAAUUAAGUAAAGUCAUCCAAGCAGGUAGAGUCGCUAUUGUCGUCCGUGGUCGUUUCGCCGGUAAGAAGGUUGUCAUUGUCAAGCACCAUGAUGAAGGUACCAAGGCCCACGCCUUUCCACAUGCCAUUGUUGCUGGUAUUGAAAGAUACCCAUUGAAGGUCACCAAGAACUUGGGUGCUAAAAAGACUGCCAAGAGAUCAAAGGUGAAGCCAUUCAUCAAGGCAAUCAACUACAACCACUUGAUGCCAACUAGAUACUCUUUUGACAUUGAAUCUUUCAAAUCCGCUGUUACCACUGAAGCUUUGGAAGAACCAUCUCAAAGAGAAGAAGCUAAGAAGGUUGUGAAGAAGGCUUUGGAAGAAAGAUACCAAGCUGGUGAAAACAAAUGGUUUUUUGCCAAACUUCAAUUUUAAGGAAUCUGCUGAUUCUUUGAAGAUAACUGGGGUUUACAAAAGACUGAAUUGCAUAUUUCACCAUGCAUUGGGUUUAAAAAAAUACACAAUAAUUAAUGAUUUUUUUAACUUUAUGUAGUCCCUUAUUUCAUGUAUAUUUACCUGAUGUAUUCAUAAUACUACAAAAGCAAUUCGUAUCAAACAGUCAGUAGAUGAAGUAGAAUGUAUUUUGUAUAAAGUAGACCAAAUUUUUUCGUCUCACGAGCGUUUGGAAGUGCUAAUUUUUUGUGUUACAAAACUACACAUCACCUUUGAUAAUAAUGACCGAUAAAGUUACAGAAGCAGUCAAAAAAAUCGAUUUGAAGUCUUCAGAACAGAUCAUUACUCCAUGGGAAGUAGAAGGUGCUGUAGUUGAUGGUGAAAACCAAGGUAUCGAUUACAAGAAGUUGACCGAACAAUUUGGUACUAAGCUUAUCACCUCUGACACCUUAAACAGAUUUAAAGAAGUUACUGGUCAUGAUCCUCAUCCUUUCUUAAAGAGGGGAGUAUUUUUCUCCGAAAGAGACUUGGGCAGAAUCUUGAAUUUGUAUGAACAGGGCAAGCCUUUCUUUUUGUACACCGGUAGGGGCCCAUCCUCAGAUUCGCUUCAUUUGGGACAUUUGGUUCCUUUCAUGUUUACUAAAUGGUUACAGGAAGUAUUCGAUGUUCCUUUGGUGAUUGAGUUGACUGAUGACGAAAAGUUCUUGUUCAAGCCAAAGUUGACAAUCCAAGACGUCAAGAAGUAUUGUCAAGUUAAUGCUAAAGAUAUUAUCGCUUGUGGAUUUGACUUGGAGAAGACCUUCAUUUUCUCAGACUUGGACUACAUGGGAGGAGCCUUCUAUGAAAACGUCGUUAGAACCUCGAGGCAAAUCACUUUUUCUACUGCCAGAUCGGUGUUCGGAUUCCAAGAAAGUGAUAGCAUUGGGAGAAUACACUUUGCCAGUAUUCAAAUCGCUACGUCUUUCCCAUCUUCUUUCCCUGAUGUCUUGGGACUUCCUCCAAAGACACCUUGUUUGAUUCCUUGUGCAAUUGACCAAGAUCCCUACUUCAGAGUUUGUAGAGACGUUGCCGAUAAAUUGAAAUACUCCAAGCCAGCUUUGAUUCAUGCUAAGUUUUUCCCAGCUUUACAGGGAGCUUCUACCAAGAUGUCUGCUUCGGACACCACCACUUCCAUCUUUGUUGAUGAUACUCCUGCCCAAAUCAAGAAUAAGAUCAAGAAGUAUGCGUUCUCGGGAGGGCAGGCAAGCAAAGAAGACCACAUUAAAUAUGGUGGUAAUCCAGAAAUCGAUGUCUCUUACCAAUACAUGUCAUUUUUCAGUGAUGAUGAUGAAAAGUUAGAACUGUUGGCCGAAGCUUAUAGAAAGGGAGAGCUUUUGUCUAGUGAAAUGAAGGAAGAAUGCAUUAAAGUGGUUACUAAAGUUGUUCAAGAAUACCAGGAAAGAAGAGCAAAGACCACCGACGAGGUGUGCAAAGCUUUCAUGACUCCACACAAGUUGAGCAUCUACACUAAAGAAAGACUUGUGCCAGUUAAGGAGAAGAAAUAGCUUCUUUCUUUGUAUGAUUUAAUAUAUAUAUUUCUCAUUGUGCUUUGCUUUGGGCCAAUAAUUCGUUGACGCUUGUAAGUACAAACAUGAGCUUUUUGAAGUCUUCAUCAUUCGUUUCGGUGCUUUUCCCAAACCAUCUGGAACCAAUCGACAAUAUUACACUCUUCGGCUCUGACAUAUUCAGAAGAAGAAGUUUUCCUAUUUGUGAUGCCACCACUUGGAUCUUGAGAUUGUUGUGAUCUCCCACGAUAACUCUUGGCUCUAUGCCCAUUUUUUCUUCGUCAUCCUCGAAAUUGGAAAGGUUGGAGAGUAUAUUGAUGGAAUGCUGGGAAUUCAAUGGUAACUCGAAUGUGGUAUCGGCUAUUCCAUUUGUCAAGACGUUUAGUAUGAUUGUAUCGGCAGCUUCAAUCUUGUGAAAUGUAACUUCUGUGUUGUCAGCAUCAGGGUAUGUUUUGGUUAAAUGUGUACUGAACUUUGGUUCACUCAUUACUGUUCAAAGCGAGAAGCGAGGACAAAACUGCGAUUAGUAUUUAAUGCAACCAAGAUUGGAUUUAGCAUCAUUUUUAUAUUUCCUGG